AAUUUAAAAUGGUGAAGCAACGUGACGAGUGAAACGCGUUUUGAGUGAAAAGACACAUCAUAUUUUAUUCCUUCUUGCAUUUACAAUUCAAAUUUUCUAAUUAAUACUACACAUUAAUCAUCUUUCUUAUCCGGAUCGGAAUUCACCGAAAAUGGAAGUGCGUUCGGGUACAACGAGCGAUACUUUAACGAGUACAGGUUAGAAACCGGUUGGCCACCGCUUGAAUAUGCCCGCAAAUACGUCGGACAUGGAUAUCGAUAAUCAGAGCGAAGACGGAGAAAUUAAGAAGAGUCCAUCGAAGGAUAUGGGUGAUUACAGCAGCUUUUCAGAAGAAGAAGGUGGCGACACAGCCGAUUCCUUGGAUAUUAAACCACCACAGGCGGUUGUGCGCCAUCAUAAAUCCAGCUCAUCUCGUCGAAGGGAGAAACAUAGUGACAGGAGAAAUCGUAGGGAUGAUAAAGAUCGCAAGUCACGUCAGCAUGAACGAGAAGAUAGACACAGGGACAAGCACAGACAUCGUAGGCAUGUGGGAGAGCCUUUGGAGAGACUCGAACGUUUUGAGAGCUCUAAGAGGAACCGCGAUAGAAUGGAGCGUUUAGACAGGAUGGAAAGUCAUUCCAGAGACAGAGAAUCCUCCAAACACGAUCGCAAGGAGAGAAGUACAGGAGAUCGUGUUUUAGAAGAUCUGAGGGAAAGAUCAAAACAUUUAUGUUCUAGACUGUUGGACAAGAGAAGGGAGAGACGGGAGGAUCCACGCGAUACUCGUGGUUAUAAGGUACGAUUAGAAGACCUGCGAGAAAUACGCGAAUCGCGCGAUCGGCGAGAAGUACGAAUAGAAGAACUUCGGGAGCGUCGCGAAAUGCAUACCAUGGAUGAGGGCUGCCAUGACGGCAGAGAACGUCGCGAAAUUCGUAUAGAGGAACAGAGGCACAUACGAGUAAUUAUGGACGAGCAGUUCUCAGAGAGCGAACUGAUCGAACGAUCCGAGAAACGUCGCAAGAGAUCUCACAAGCACGACAGAGUUCGCGAGAGGGACCAAGAGAAGAUGGAGCACAGGGAGAAGGAGCAUCGGGAAAAACAGUUGCGAGAAGCGAUGGAAAUCGUGACCGACGAAAUUAAUGAGAUGGAUAUGCAAAAUGAGAUCUUGAUGCAGGUUAAAGAUCCGAAAGAGAUGACAGAACAGGAGCUCAGAAAGGAGAGACUGUUGGAAGCUGACAGAGAAAUGGCCAGGCGAAAAGAAGUAUCUAGAUUGGAGUUGGAAGCGAGAAGAAUGAAGAGGGGUGAGAAACGGCCUAUGAGUCCAGACAACAAUCCAGAUCCUUCGAUUGUAGAGCUAUCUGACGAAAGCAUCAGUCCUCAUUCUGAAGGUGCACAAUCGAAAUCAGCCGAAUCUAGACACUCGUCCGAAGUAGAGAGGAGUCCGCACGAGAGGUCUUCGGAGCGACAUUCGUCCGACUCCUCAGAAUCGAGCAGUGAUGACGAUGACGAGUCGAACGAAUCGAAUAAAGGUUCCGGUAACGAUUCCAACGACGGCUCGGAGUACAACAAUCCAAGUCCAUUGUCCGUCGAUAGAUUGGCUAAAUCCGAUCAUUCGGACGGUGACUCUCCUGGCCAUGUCGAUUCCAGCAAUCUUUCGAAAAACAUAGAAGAGGAGGAAAAGAAAGAAGAAGAACCAGAGUUACCGCCAUAUCUGCCGGCUAUUCAAGGUUGUAGAAGCGUCGAAGAGUUCCAAUGUUUAAAUCGAAUCGAAGAAGGUACAUACGGAGUCGUAUAUAGAGCACGGGAUAAACGCACAGAUGAAAUAGUUGCGUUGAAACGAUUAAAAAUGGAAAAAGAGAAAGAAGGCUUUCCAAUUACGAGUCUAAGGGAAAUCAAUACUUUAUUGAAAUCGCAGCAUCCCAAUAUUGUCACCGUGCGAGAGAUAGUCGUUGGUAGUAACAUGGAUAAGAUAUUUAUUGUCAUGGAUUAUGUGGAGCACGAUUUAAAAUCCCUAAUAGAAACCAUGAAGCAGAAGAAACAAGUUUUUAUACCUGGAGAAGUUAAAUGUCUUAUGCAACAAUUAUUGCGCGCGGUCGCACAUCUACAUGAUAAUUGGAUAUUACAUCGAGACUUAAAGACAUCUAAUUUGCUAUUAAGUCACAGGGGUAUUUUGAAAGUUGGCGAUUUUGGCUUAGCUCGAGAAUAUGGCUCUCCCUUGAGGCAAUACACGCCGAUUGUCGUAACACUUUGGUACAGAGCUCCUGAAUUAUUGCUGUGUGACAAAGAAUAUGCUGGAUUAUACAGUACACCUAUAGACAUGUGGUCUGUAGGGUGUAUUUUCGCUGAGCUUCUAAGGAUGGAACCACUCUUCCCUGGAAAAUCGGAUAUAGAUCAGUUGAAUAAAAUAUUUAAGGAGUUGGGUACACCGAGUGAGAGAAUUUGGCCGGGAUACACUAAGUUACCUAUUGUACAAAAGAUCCCGUUCGCACAUUAUCCUGUAAAUAAUCUUAGGCAAAGAUUUAGUUUAUCGUUGUCCGAUUUAGGUGUCGAAUUACUGAACAAAUUCUUAACGUACGAUCCACGUCAACGUGUGACCGCCGAAGACGCCUUAAAUCAUGGUUACUUUACCGAAGCACCUUUGCCAAUCGAUCCGCAAAUGUUUCCCACGUGGCCUGCUAAAUCCGAGCAAGGAAGUAGAACCACGAACGCGUCUCCGAAGCCACCGAGCGGUGGCAGAGAGUAUAAACAAUUAGGCGACGGUGAUGAUGCCGAGUUGAGCAAUUCUGGUUUUCAUAUGGGCUUGAUGGAAGGUGGCAGAGUGCCGCCUGUUGGCGGCGGCUUUCAUUUGAAAUUUUAAUUGCGAAAGACAAUUUUGUAUUCUAACUUAUAACAAUAAAUUUUUCUAAAUAGAUUUACAUGAUAGAUUUAGUUAAAUAAUGAUAAAAAUAAAGAGGAAUAACAAGUUAUCUUUCAGAAAAAACAAUUCCGAAGCCUGCAUAUAUACCAUGUAUCUUUAUAUGCAAUAACCGCCACGACGAUAUUAAAUAUAUAUUUCUGAUUUUAAAUCGGAUUUUAAGUUCAAGUCAGUAAUAAAAAUCGCUGUUAAUGUACAUAUUUUAUUCCUAAUUUAAAUGAAAAAUGAAUCUGAAGAAUAUUCAUGUGAUUAACCCUCAGUACGCACCCAUAAAAAAAUCCCGAUUUACUCGGGUUGAAACUAACCCGGCGUCUUUAUUUACGUAUAUCUCUGGUUAAAAUGGACCAAUUUUAAAUCAUUUUUUUGUAAAUUGAUAAUCGAAGUUUGAAAAAAAGAAUUCCAGUUAAAAAGUCAAGAAAGUUAUAGCACAAAAGAUAUUUUACAAAAACUAAAAGUAAAUUGGUUAAAAACUUACAACUUUGAAAAUUCGUUCAAGUUACGCUAGCCCAGUGUGCGUAUUGAGGGUUAAGAUAUAGCGUUUUAUUUUUAUGAAACGAUGAUACUUACGAUUGUCUUUUGCAUCUGAUCAUGUAUGAUUAUAAUGGUAUGAAAUAUAUGUAUAUUUAUGAAUUAUUGUUUAUUGUUCCUGAAAUGACUAAUAAUGGAUAUACCUCACAAUAUUUCGAACUUUUCUUUUAUAAUAAGUCUUUCCUUUUAUAACAAAUCGAUCGACUUAUUAUGAAAAGGGAUCUCAAAUUUGGAACUUAGCAACCAUGAAUUGCUUUUAUAUAUAGAGUUAUGCGAUUUUUCACUAUUGAAUAAUAGGAAUAUCCGUUAUAAAAAUCAAAACAAUAGUAUUUGCGUGAUCAAGGUUUGUAAUGUAAUCCGCACUUUGCUAUCAUAAGUUAUGGA